GCACAGCAUCCAUUUCCCUUCUUCUUUAUUACUCUCCGCCACGAUGCCCGGACUCGAUCUGAAGAAUCUUCCUGAGCGCGAAGAAGAUAUUGACUUUAGCGAUAUCUAUGAAAAGCACACCAUUUCUGUCGAUAACGACUUUGAUUCCAUCGUUGUGGUGGACGGUGCACCCAUUGUCGAUGAAGCCAAGGAGGAGAAGCUUCUUACUGUUUUGAAGAAAUUAUUCACCAAGGGUGCUGGUGAAAUCAAAGAAAGUGGCAUCUGGAUGCCCAUGUCGCCCAAUGACAAGGGUAAAAUGGAGAGCAAGGGUUACUUGUUCAUCGAUUUUGAAUCCGUUGAAUCAGCCCAUGCUGCUGUCAAGAAUUUGGAUGGCCAUAAAAUGAGCAAGACUCAUCAGCUUUCCGUCAACAAAUUCACCGAUGUCGAAAAAUACACCAACAUGAACUCUGAAUUCAAGGAACCUGAAUUUGAGGAAUUCAAGCCCAAAGAACAUCUUCGCAGCUGGCUUGCCGACGAACAGGCCCGCGAUCAAUUCGUCAUGUACCGUGGGGACGAUGUCAGCAUUUUCUGGAACAGAAAGACAGAAAAUCCCGAACACGUUUACAGCCGCACUAACUGGACCGAAACUUACGUUCAAUGGUCCCCCUUGGGUAGCUACCUUGCUACUUUCCACACACAGGGUAUUGCAUUGUGGGGUGGUCCUUCGUGGAGCAAGAUUGUUCGCUUUGUUCAUCCCGGUGUGAAAUUGAUCGAUUUCUCUCCGAAUGAACGUUUCUUGGUCACAUGGUCCAACGAACCCAUCAGCCCAUCAAAGAUUCCCGAGGGUUCUCCCAAUCCCUUCUCUGAAUAUGAUGAAGGCAACCAGAUCAUUAUCUGGGACGUUAUGACCGGCGCUCUCUUGCGUUCUUUCCCUCUCGUCCAAGGCAACAACGAAACACAAAAGACCAUUCGUUGGCCCAUGUUCAAGUGGUCCGCCUCUGAAAAAUACUUUGCUCGUAUCGUUCCCGGCCAGCAGCUCUCCGUCUACGAAGCAGCCACCAUGGGUUUGGUCGGCAAGAAGAGUAUCAAGAUCGAAGGCAUCGUCGACUUUGAAUGGUCGCCCGCAAAGCCUGAUCAGGCUGACGCCCACCAGAAGGAAGAUGUCCUUGCCUACUGGACUCCUGAAGUUGGCAAUCAACCUGCACGUGUAACCAUGAUGACCGUUCCUUCCAAAGAAAUCAUCCGUACCAAAAACUUGUUUAAUGUCACAGACUGUAAAUUGCACUGGCAAUCCAAGGGUCGCUUCUUGGCUGUCAAGGUCGAUCGUCACACAAAGACCAAGAAAUCCACCUUCUCCAAUAUCGAAAUUUUCCGUGUUUCCGAAAAGGCCAUUCCCGUCGAAACUUUGGAAAUCAAGGAUCCUGUUCUUGCAUUUGCUUGGGAACCCCAGGGUGAACGUUUUGCUACCAUCACUUCCAACGAUCCCAACUACGGUGCCGCUCCCACUCAAGGUGUGGCUCCUGUGACGAUCAAGACUCAAAUUACCUUUUAUUACCUUGAUAAGAGCAAGGCCGUCGCCGGUUUCAAACCUCUCAAGAUGCUCGACAAGAAGACAUGCAACUACAUCUUCUGGUCACCCAAGGGCCGUCAUGUCGUCUUUGCCACCCUUCGAUCCUCUUCCGUAUUCGAUAUUGAAUUCUACGAUGUCGAUUUCGAUCCUAUUACCACCGACAAGAAGGAGAAGGAAGAAUUGGGCGCUACCGUUCAAUUAUUAUCGACGCAAGAACAUUACGGUGUCACCGAUAUCGAGUGGGAUCCUACUGGUCGUUUCCUGGUCAGUGGUUCCAGUAUGUGGCGCCACACUGCCGAUCACGGUUUCUGCGUGUGGGACUUCAAGGGUCAGCUUUUGUUCAAGCAGAACAUUGAAAAGUUCAAGCAAUUAUUAUGGCGUCCUCGUCCCAAGAGUCUGCUGAGCCCCGAACAGAAGAAGAAGAUCAAGAAAAAUCUCAGACAAUACAGCAAAGUGUUCGAAGAAGAGGAUUUGGCAGCUGGUGACGCAACCGCUGCUAAACUUAUCGCUGCUCGUAGAAAGGCUGUCGAAGAAUGGUAUGCAUGGAGAAAGGCGGCCGAAGCUAGACUUGCCGAAGAACGCAAAUCCUUGGGCAAGGAGCUUCGAACAACUGAUGAAGGCAAAUCCGAAAUCAUUGAAGAAUGGGUGGAGGAAGUCAUUGAAGAGACCGAAGAAAUUGUCGAAUAAGCAUUUGCAACCGUUUUGCCAUCAUUUUUCUAUAAUAGUAAAUUUC